AUGAAUAUCAUCUCGCUACAGGAGAUUGCUCAACACAAUAGGAGAGAUGAUAUCUGGAUAAUUUUGCAUGGCAAGGUAUACGAUUUAACCAAGUUCCUUCCAAACCAUCCUGGCGGCCAAGACAUUAUUAUGAAAUACGCUGGAAAAGACGGAACUGCCGCGUUUGAACCGAUUCACUCUCUCGAUAUCGUUGAACAGUUUUUGCCAUCCGACGUGUGUGUCGGUGAGGCUGAAGUAUCAGCUGCGGCAGAUAACGAGGCACGAUUGUUGGAAACAGAAGAAGACAAGCGAGUACGAUUGGCUCGAGAGAACAUGCCACGGAUUGAGGAGAUGUAUAACGCAUUCGAUUUUCAGUCUGUUGCAAAACUGGUUCUAAAGGAAAAUGCAUACAGCUAUUUUUCAUCGGGCUCUAGCGAUGAUAUGACUUUGCGCGAAAAUCAUAAUGCUUAUCAUCGCAUAUGGUUCCGUCCUCGUGUUAUGGUUGAUGUCUCCAAGAUUGACAUGACUACAACCUUGCUUGGAGCCAAAGUUUCAAUGCCUCUCUAUAUAUCAGCAACUUCGUUCUGUAAAUUGGCCCACCCAGACGGCGAAAAGGAAAUCGUAAAUGCACGUGUCCAUUCUGAUCCACCCCAAUGGCUCCAGCUGUAUAUAAACACAGACCGUAAGGCAACGAGAAAGAUGAUCCAACAAGCAGAGUCGAAAGGCAUACAAGGGUUAUUUAUAACUGUGGAUCGAGCUGUUGUAGGCCCGCGUGGUAAAUCAUCGAACGAUAAAGCCCUACUAAAGCAGAAUCGGGAUGAAAUGAGCAGUGUUGUUCACCGAGAGAGAGGCAGUGAUUUGGGCACAUUUGUUGAUCCUUCGAUGAACUGGUCUGAUAUUGCUUGGUUCAGGUCCUUUACCAAAAUGCCAAUCAUCCUCAAAGGAAUCCAGCGCUCUGAGGAUGCUGUAUUAGCAUAUAAAUAUGGCUGUCGAGGCAUUGUACUUUCGAACCAUGGAGGCCGACAACUGGACUUUUCUCCAUCACCUAUUGAGAUUUUACCUGAGGUCAUGGAUGCAUUGAAGCGAGAAGGAUGCGACACAAAAAACAAAUUUGAUGUCUAUGUUGAUGGCGGUAUUCGGCGUGGUAGUGAUGUAUUCAAGGCGCUGGCAUUGGGAGCUAGGGCUUGCGGCAUUGGUAGGCCUGCAUUGUACGCCUUGUCGUGCUAUGGUGAUAAAGGCGUUGAACGUAUACUCGAACUCUUCCAGAACGAACUGCAGAUGUGUAUGCGAUUAAUGGGUGUAUCUACACUAGCCGAAAUCACAGCCGAUAUGGUGGAUACCCGUAACUUAAAGAAUCAUUAUGUUGCUAAUCCAACGGAUUAUCUAGCAAUGCAGACAUAUGAAAAAAUGCAGCCAAGGGGAAAUAUCAUGAGCUCAAAAUUAUAG